GCAGUAGUGUUGGCCUAUCCAAAUGACAAAUUAUUAAAUUGUCAUUUUUUUCGGGUUUAAAAAGGAGUCCACCAAAUUAAAAUUUCUCAAUUGAACUUAGUUUAAUUUAUGUGAAUUAGAAGCUAAUGGGAUCAUCUUUCAGUUGCUGUGGUGAUGAAAAAGUUGAUGAAGGGCAGAACAAUGAACUGGUUGGUGAAAAUUCUUGGAGAAUAUUCACAUACAAGGAGUUAUAUACAGCAACAAAUGGUUUCAGUGAAAAUUACAAGCUUGGAGAAGGUGGAUUUGGAAGUGUCUAUUGGGGUAAAACCUCUGAUGGUCUUCAGAUUGCAGUAAAGAAACUAAAGUCAAUGAAUUCAAAAGCAGAAAUGGAAUUUGCUGUGGAAGUUGAAGUUCUUGGAAGAGUUAGGCACAAGAAUUUGUUAGGCCUAAGAGGUUAUUGUGCUGGAAAUGAACAAAGACUUAUUGUGUAUGAUUACAUGCCAAAUUUGAGUUUACUCUCACAUUUACAUGGUCAUUUAUCAAGAGAAGUUCAAUUGGAUUGGAAAAAAAGAAUGAAAAUUGCUAUUGGCUCUGCUGAAGGCCUCUUGUAUUUGCAUCAUGAGGUUUCACCCCAUAUAAUUCACAGAGACAUCAAAGCUAGCAAUGUGCUACUUGACUCAAAUUUUGAGCCACUUGUUGCUGAUUUUGGCUUUGCAAAAUUAAUCCCAGAAGGUGUUAGCCACAUGACGACACGUGUCAAAGGGACAUUGGGUUAUUUAGCACCAGAAUAUGCUAUGUGGGGUAAAGUCUCUGAAAGUUGUGAUGUCUAUAGUUUUGGAAUUCUUCUACUUGAACUAAUUACUGGUAGAAAACCAAUUGAAAAACUUCCAAAUGGUGUUAAAAGGACAAUAACAGAGUGGAUGGAACCAAUGAUAGCCAAAGAAAAAUUUAAGGAUCUUGUUGAUCCUAAGUUAAAGGGGAAUUUUGACGAAAUUCAAUUGAAACAAUCGAUUCGUGUAGCUGCAUUGUGUGUUCAGAGUGAGCCUGAUAAACGUCCAACGAUGAAAGAAGUUGUGUGUAUUUUGAAAGGGCAAGAAGUGAAUAAUGUUGUGAAGGCAAAUCAUGAGAAUUUGAGGAUUCAAAGUGUUAAGUAUAGAGAUGAUUUAUUGGCUUUGGAUCAAACUAGUGAUCAAGAAGAUAAUGAAAGUAGUAGUGAUCAAGGGAAUGAAAGUAGUGUUUAUGGUGUAUUUGGUGCUAUGGAAAUGAAAAAGAUGCAAGAUCCUUACAAGCGUUUUGGAGAGAAAUAAUGUUUGAGGUGUACGUAAGUUGACUUGAACAGUAUCGUUA